UGGCUUUUGGAGGCCUGGCGGGAAAAGGCGAGCUCGGCGAUGAGGGCGAGGGUCGCGGCGGGUCUCAGGAUCCUCCUCUGCCCGUGCCUGGGCUGUCUGUCUCCAGGGAGUCGCUGACUGCGGCUCUCGCCCUCGUCCAGUCACGUUCCCUCAGACUGGUUCAGCCGGGGUGCUCGGACAGGACGCUGCUGUCCUGUCUCUGGCGGGGAGUGCCCCGAAUCUCCGUUGUUGGAGCCCUGGAGACAGACGCCUGGGUUCUGGUCCUGGCUUUGCCUGCCACGGUCUGCUGUGUGGCUGUGGCGCAUCCCUCCCCUUGCUGAGCCUCUCUUCCCUCAUCUGUGAUGUGGGAGUGAUAACACGUCAUUGGUGAGGCGAGGAGGUUCAGUUAAGGCAGCUCGAAGGGCUUUUCUGAUCCAAGGUGCUCGAUUUCUUGGUUUGGUCCGGAUGCUACAGACUUGAAUGCUUGAUCAGUCAGGUUAGGUAAAUGUGGGUGUAAGAAAAUUUUAUGUCAGUCAAACUUAUUUUUACUGAAUUGAGUUUUAUGAGCGCAAUACUAACAUAUUGAAGAAAUGAACCCAGAACUUCAGUGUGUGUGUGUGCGUGCGGGCACGUGCAAUCCCUUGAUUUUUAAACACUAAUGACUAAUGAUUUUUUAAAAAGCAUUGGCAAGUGAUAGAAAACAUUUUUUUAAAUUGCGCCUGUAACCAGGCGUAUCUGUGGCUGCCAGUUUGGGGCCUCUGGAUCCCAGGCUCCCUUUCCCACUGAAUACUUGGAUUUCUUUUGUGGCACCCCCGCUCGCUGGUUAAAUUUCUUCAGUGACAGAAAGCUCACUACUUUUGGCCUUACUCCUGUUUGGUCUGCCCCCAGCUCUGACUCAUAACAAGUCGUAUGCAGAGCUGAAAGCGGUUCCCUAGUGAUCUCAGCUGGUUGUCCCUCUUUCAGGCUCUUGGGCUCUCCCUUCACGGAAUUGCCCCGCACAUCUUUGAAAGCUGCUAGUUUGUCUUCCUCUUCCCACCUUUUCUUUUCCAGGCUAAGCAUAUUUAAUUUAUUUAGCCACAGUAAACUCCACAUAACUGAGAAUUUUGACUUGUUUUAUUUGUAGUUGUAUCCCUGGCGUAUAGAACAGUGCCUGACAUAUUAUAUAUGCUCAGUAAAUAUUUGCUGAAUGAGUGAAUAAAGCAAAUAUUUGAGUGCCUGUUAUGUGCCGGGCAUUAUUGUAAGCACCAGUGAUGUAGUGGUAAAAUAAGGCAAAAAAACAGCCCUGUUUCAUGGACCCUACUUUUGAUGGUAGUGGUGGCGACUGUUGUGAUUGUCAAUAAAUACGAUACUUUUAAUGGUUGGCAGGUGUUUCAGAUCCUGAUGGAUGCUACGAAAAAAAGAAAUGGUAACAGCGUGGAGAGUAACUGAGGGGAAGCAGAGGGAGCUCUUUUUAAAGCUAGCUGAUCAGGGAUGACUUCUCUGAGGAGGUGACGUUUGAUCUAACACCGGAAUGAAGAAAAAGCCAUACUUGUGAAGGCUCAUCUUGCCUAAUUGUUCCCCCAUCCCCCACCUCUGUGCUCUAGUCUUGUUAAACUGCCUACAGGCUGUGUCUCACCUACAGUCCUUUGUUUCUGCUGCCUAGAACAUCUCCCUUCCCCCUCUUUUCUUGGCCAGCUCCUCCCUGCCCCUCAUGUGACAUGGUUUAGAAACCCUUUAAAGAGCUGAGAACUGGGCUUGCAUUCAACCACAAGGUCCCUUUUUUCUUCCCAGCCAGCUUCUCGUAAUAGAGAAUAAGCAUAAAUAUUUAUUGAGCUUUUGCUCUGUGCCUGGCACUGCUCUGCAAGUGGAAACAUGAAAGUGAGUAAGAUACACAUCCAUGUCCUCAAGGAGUUUACUUUUUUUUAAGUCAAGGAGGUAGACAACAGCACUAUGGUAUGAAGCUGUUGUUGAAGUUUGCUGGAGAAGGACUUAGCAUGCUCAGGCUAAGUCAGGCUGAGGCAUCAGAGAAGGCUUCUGUGAGGAGAUGUUGCUUUAUCCAAGUCCUAAAGGAUGAGCAGGAUUAAUCAGUAGGCAACAAAUAAUGGCAGCAGCUACGGGGCAUCCUGUACUCUCCAAAUUGCAGUUUGCCCCCUUUACCAGUGCUUUGGAUGUUGGAUUCUGGCAUGAGUUGACCCAGAGGAAGCUGAAUGAGUACCGGCUGGAUGAAGCUCCCAAGGACAUUAAGGGUUAUUACUACAAUGGUGAUUCUGCCGGGCUGCCAGCUCGCUUAACAUUGGAGUUCAGUGCUUUUGACAUGAGUGCUCCUACCCCAGCUCACUGCUGCCCGGCUGUUGGAACACUGCAUAACACCAACACACUCGAGGCUUUCAAGGCUGCAGAUAAGAAGCUACUUUUGGAACAAGCAGCAGAUGAGAUAUGGGAAUCCAUAAAAUCGGGCACUGCCCUCGAAAACCCUGUCCUCCUCAACAAGUUCCUCCUCUUGACAUUUGCAGAUCUAAAGAAGUACCACUUCUACUAUUGGUUUUGCUCCCCUGCUCUCUGCCUUCCAGAGAGUAUACCCCUCAUUCAGGGGCCAGUGGGCUUGGAUCAAAGGUUUUCACCAAAACAGAUUCAAGCCCUUGAGCAUGCCUAUGAUGAUCUUUGUCAAACAGAAGGAGUCCCAGCGCUACCUUACUUCUUGAUCAAGUAUGAUGAGAACACAGUACUGGUUUCCUUGCUUAAACACUACAGUGAUUUCUUCCAAGGUCAAAGGACAAAGAUAACAGUCGGUGUGUAUGAUCCCUGUAACUUAGCCCAGUACCCUGGAUGGCCUUUGAGGAAUUUUUUGGUCCUAGCAGCCCACAGAUGGAGUAGCCGUUUUCAGUCUGUUGAAGUCCUCUGCUUCCGGGACCGCACCAUGCAGGGGGUGAGAGACGUCGCCCACAGCAUCAUCUUCGAAGUGAAGCUUCCAGAAAUGGCAUUUAGCCCAGAUUGUCCUAAAGCAGUCGGAUGGGAAAAGAACCAGAAAGGAGGCAUGGGACCGAGGAUGGUGAACCUCAGUGAAUGUAUGGACCCUAAAAGGUUAGCAGAGUCAUCAGUGGAUCUAAAUCUCAAAUUGAUGUGUUGGAGAUUGGUCCCCACUUUGGACUUAGACAAGGUUGUGUCUGUCAAGUGUCUGCUGCUUGGAGCUGGCACCUUGGGUUGUAAUGUAGCUCGGACAUUAAUGGGUUGGGGCGUCAGACACAUCACAUUUGUAGACAAUGCCAAGAUCUCGUACUCCAAUCCUGUGAGGCAGCCUCUCUACGAAUUCGAAGAUUGCCUAGCAAGUGGUAAGCCCAAGGCCCUGGCUGCAGCAGACCGGCUCCAGAAAAUAUUCCCCGGAGUGAAUGCCAGAGGGUUCAACAUGAGCAUCCCCAUGCCUGGACACCCAGUGAACUUCUCUAGCGUCACCCUGGAGCAAGCCCGCAGGGAUGUGGAGCAGCUGGAGCAGCUCAUCGAAAGCCAUGAUGUCAUUUUUCUGUUGAUGGACACCAGGGAGAGCCGCUGGCUGCCUGCUGUCAUUGCUGCAAGCAAGAGAAAGCUGGUCAUCAAUGCUGCCUUGGGAUUUGACACAUUUGUUGUCAUGAGACACGGCCUGAAGAAACCUAAGCAGCAGGGAGCUGGGGACUUGUGUCCCAGCCACGCUAUGGCACCUGCGGACCUCCUGGGCUCGUCGCUUUUUGCCAACAUCCCCGGCUACAAACUUGGCUGCUAUUUCUGCAAUGACGUGGUGGCCCCAGGAGAUUCAACCAGAGACCGGACCUUGGACCAGCAGUGCACUGUGAGUCGUCCAGGAUUGGCCAUGAUUGCGGGAGCCCUGGCAGUGGAAUUGAUGGUUUCUGUUUUGCAGCAUCCAGAAGGGGGCUACGCCAUUGCCAGCAGCAGUGACGACCGCAUGAAUGAGCCUCCAACCUCUCUUGGGCUUGUGCCUCACCAGAUCCGAGGAUUUCUGUCACGGUUUGAUAAUGUCCUUCCUGUCAGCCUGGCAUUUGACAAAUGUACAGCUUGUUCUUCCAAAGUUCUUGAUCAAUAUGAACGAGAAGGAUUUAAUUUCCUAGUGAAGGUGUUUAAUUCUUCACAUUCCUUCUUAGAAGAUUUGACAGGCCUUACAUUGCUGCAUCAGGAAACUCAAGCUGCUGAGGGCCUGGUCAGCCAGCAUCACUAUGCUCUCUUGCUCUUGAAAUGUCUUUAAGAAUAGACUGGCUUCUAAUAAAAUAUAUGGGAAUGAGAUUUCUGAUGAAUAAUUCAUGAUUCCAUCUCCAGACUUAUAAUGGGAAAAGGGCAGGUAAGAGAUAACUUUUUUCUUCCUGGCCCUUACUUUUCCCUAAAUUGUAAAGAGAAAUUAAGAGCUUGCCACUAUUACCUUUAUUCAGCUGUCUGGUGAAAAAAUAAAUUCAAUGCUAAACUGGAAGCAUUGAAUUGUAUUUAUAUCUUAUUGUUACAGGACAAAAAUCAUUGAGUUCCCAAUUACAAAUACAGUAAACUGCUGUGGGUUUGUUUUGUUUUUAAUUUUGCUACUAAACUUAAGGCCUUUGUGUUUAUCUUACCUUAAUCUUCCUUGGGAGAGGCCAUACCUAAUUCUGCUUAGCAUUUUAUUAAAAGGAAAGAAAUGUGGCUUUUAAAAAGAUUUUUA